CCUGUGAGUUGUGAUUGCCUCUGUCCACUUAUUGGAGGUGAUGUGAUGUGUGUAACCGGCAAGAGUGGCACCGCAGUGCAACGUGCUUCGCAUUCCGCUGCGCAGGUCCUAGUCAGCUGAGCACGUUGCCGUCGCCGGUGUCGUCUCCUCUACUCGCUUGCUGUCUCUCCGUGUUGGAUGCGUGGGACUUGUAGUUGGUUGACUAGUUCGUUCGUUGGUAGUCAACCCCGACUUGGAUAACGUUCCGCGUGGAACGUGAACACGUGAUCAUGUACCAUCCUCCGUACUACUCGUACGAAUUCACCGAGCCGUAUUGGCCUGCCACUUCUGCACACGUGAGUUCGGCCGGCGCCGAAUGGCCGCCAACACCGGCAGGCUCGACACCGACUCAGCUACCCUCGCUUGCCUACAACGGCUAUUACGCGACUACCUACGGAGAUUUACACGCCGAAUCGAACGGACCCCCUACGUUCACCGAACUGCCGACUCCGAACUCUCACAUAGGUCUAUUAUCGGCGGGAAACACACCGACGGACUCUUUCAACCAAACCAGCAACAGUUCACCUCUUUCACCUCAGUCACCCCUAGCAAGUUACCAUCAUAGACAAUGGACAGCAGCUCAGUCAGGUUUCCAACCAUAUCAUCCACCGCUCCCCGACGGGAGCCUUCCCCUGCCACCGAAUUCUUGCUCUCCAGGUGCACCAGGUGCUGGAGGAUCGAAUUCGAGUCAGAUGGAAGACGCCCUGGAAAGCGAAAGUGCCAAAUCCGAUUGUGAGAGCUUGUCUCCGCAGAACGCCAAGGGCGACUGGUCGAAACAAGCCAGAGAGAAAAAGCCUUAUCCAGGAGUAAUCGGUAAAACGCGAACGAAAGACAAGUACCGCGUAGUCUACACCGAUCACCAACGGCUGGAGCUCGAAAAAGAAUUCUACCAUUCGAAAUAUAUCACGAUCCGGAGGAAAGCUGAACUCGCCGCAGCGCUGGAUCUUUCGGAACGUCAGGUGAAAAUCUGGUUCCAGAACCGACGAGCGAAGGACCGGAAACAGGAGAAGAAACGGAAGGGCGAAGGUUCCGAUACGAGUAUGCACGAAGGCCUCGGCUCUCCGUUGGAUCCCGGCUGCCUCCCGCAGAUCAAGGCUGAUGAAUAUCCUCCUCACUUAGAACUCGGUCACCAGGGUCAUCCGAAUGCGCCUCCGUCUGCUCUAGAUCAUCAUCCGCUCUCUCAUCAGAUCUCGGCCAUAGUAGAGCACCCGCAUCCUAACGUGCUUGCCAAUUCCUACCACCCGAUAUUAUUGAUGCCGCGGCCGGAUGAGAGACAACCUCCGCCCGACGACCUUUUGAAGCGUGAAAGCCUCUAUUGAUCGCAGAAGGAAAUAUUCUUCCUCGGCAACGUACAGCAUGACACGACGGAUGGAAGAUUACGAACUCCCUCUGGGUGGCGACCCUCAACGGAGGAGAGGAAGCUCCGGAGGAGGGUCUGCACAGGCUCUCGAGGAUCUCGAUCUUCCGUGACUUAACCAAAUACGUAUUCAAUAAGACUUCUUUGUAGAAGUAAUUAUGAAACAAUUGUGCACUGUGACGGCGAAGGAGCGCCCUUGUUCCGAGAAGCGCGUCGGUUGCCCUUAGGAAAAACGUAGUUCAAUUCCGAUAAGAUCUAUUCAAGGAGAACGAAAGCGAAACUACCUUAGGUAUCGACCCAUUCUGCUUCGGUAAUCCAUCGAGAGGGUUGAUGGCGAGAAGGACCGGCAUGACAACCAGGACAAAUCCUUCGGCGCCCCGAAUAAAUUAUAAUUGUGUAAAAAUGUACAUAAAGUGUCUCAAAAAACU